CAACCAAACCAAACCCUAGUGAGUGGGAUUGGCAAACGGGAUUAUUAAUCCUGGCCCAGAAUAAAGGAGGCAGCAGACUCCAUGCAGACCCCUCGGCGAAAGGAAGCAUUUAGUCACACACCUACCUUCCAGGGCUGCACCGGACUGGGGCUUUAAGCAGAUGGAGUUCAGAGCAGGAGAUUCGUGGGGGAUCCUUGCCUUCCUGUGUGCCACCCUCUGGAACCUUCCUGUGGUGUCUGCAUUGAACAGCACGGACCAAGUGACUACCAGACAGUCCAUCCAGCAGACGUACGACCUUACUCGCUAUCUGGAACACCAGCUGCACGCGCUUGCGGCCACUUAUCUCAAUUACUUGGGACCACCUUUCAAUGAGCCGGACUUUGACCCUCCCCGUCUAAUCGGGGCAGAGGCUGUGCCCAGUGCCACUGUGAACUUUCAGCUGUGGCGCAGCCUGAAUGACAACGCACGGCUAGCAGCCAAUUACCGGGCCUACAGCCACUUACUGUGUUACCUGAGGACCAUGGAUGGAGCAACCCCGGCUGCCAUGCCAACUUUGCGCCACAGCCUGGCCCACUUCCGUGCCAGCCUACAAGGGCUGCUGGGCUCUAUUGCUGGCAUCAUGGCUUCUCUGGGCUACCCACUUCCGCCUCCAGUACCUGAUGGCUCACUCACUCCUAACAGCAACUUCCUGAGGAAGAUGGAUGACUUCUGGUUGCUCAAGGAGCUGCAGACUUGGCUGUGGCGCUCAGCCAAGGACUUCAAUAGGCUGCGCAAGAGGGUGCCGCCGUCUGCUGUUAUGCUGCAUCUCGAAACCAGGGGCUUUUGACCCUGCUCUUCACCAUUCUUUGUCUCAUCACCUCAACCACUGAUGGCAUACUUGCCCUUCAAAGGCCUAAGGUGUUUCAAAGCAUAUGAAUCCACUCUCCCCUCCCAACCCACCUCAAGAAACGUCCCCCUGCUUCAUGGUGCUGCACUGCUCCCUUUUAUGGAGCUGUGCCCCUAGGUGAGCGUACUCUCACCUACCCAUUCCCUUUCUUCCUUCCUUCUCCUCCUCCUUAGUUUCCUGUAUUUUUCUUAUUCCUUCCUUCCCAGAGGGGGCUAUUAAUUUUCCAGAAGGAGAGGAAGAACCCUGCUCCCUCCCACCUCAGUGAUGAGCAAUAAAGCCCUGGCUGCAGGGCUGCAAACAUCUGGCAACCUCCACCUCCGACAAUCCAACUCCUUA